CUGCGCAUGCGCUCGGUGGACGACAAUCCUGGGAGAAUCGGCAGCAGGUAGGAGCGGGGCUGCGGGUGGGGGUUUCAUCCACACCGCGACUGAGAGACUGUUGUUGCGAGCUGCGGACACACCGUGACCCUGCACCCGGGGACAUUCCCCCUCUCUCAGCCCCCACAAUUCGUUCCGGGGCCCCGAGGAACUUUCUGCUGAUCGGGGAGGACGAGGCGUCAUUUCUGUCCGCAUGCGCAUCACUGUGUUCGUGAUAAACUGACGAGUCUCGUUCAGAACCAGGUUUAAUAUCACUAGCGUAUCCCGUGAAAUUUGUGGUUUUGCGGCAGCAGUAAAAUGCAAAACAUAAUAAAACAGAAUUGUCUAAGUAUAAUACCGAGUAUUCUAGGACGUUUUCAACCUUUCACUACUACGGGCGGAAGUUCCCACUUGCUUGAAAAGGGUGACAAUUGUACCAGUGCCUACGAAGAAUAAUGUGGGUUGCCUUAACGAUAAUCACCCGGUAGCUCUCAUAUCAAUAGUGAGAUAAUGCUUUGAGUGAUUGGUAUUGACUAGACUGAACUCCUGCCUCAGCAGUGACUUGGACCCAUUGCAAUUUGCCUAUCAACGGGUCAACCUAUCAAUAGGUUAACGGCAGGCGCAAUCUCAGUGACUCUUCACACGGCUUUAGACCACUUGGACAAUACAAACACCUAUGUCAGGAUGUUUAUUGACUAUAGCUCAGCAUUUAAUACCAUAAUUCCUACAGUCCUGAUUGAGAAGUUGCAGAACCUGGGCCUCUGUACCUCCCUUUGCAAUUGGAUCCUCGUCUCCCUAACCAGAAGACCACAAUCUGUGCAGAUUGGUGAUAACAUAUCCUCCUUGCUGACAAUCAAUACUGGUGCACCUCAAGGAUGUGUGCUUAGCUCACUGCUCUACUCUCUACAUGCCUGUGUGGCUAGGCAUAGCUCAAUUACCAUCUCUAAAUUUGCUGGCGAUCCAGCUAUUGUUGGUAGAAUCUCAGGUGGUGAUGAGAAGGUGUACAGGAGUGAGAUAUGCCAACUAAUGGAAUGGUGCUGCAGCAACAAACUGGCAGUCAACGUCAGUAAGACGAAAGAGCUGAUUGUGGACUUCAGGAAGGGUAAGACAAAGAAACACAUACCAAUCCUCAUAGAGGGAUCAGAAGUGGAGAGGGUGAGUACCUUUAAGUUCCUGGGUGUCAAGAUCUGUGAGGAUCUAACCUAGUUGCAACAUAUUGAUGCAGUUAUAAAGAAGGCAAGACAGUGACUGUACCUCAUUAGGAGUGUGAAGAGAAAUGGGAUGUCAACAAAUACACUAAAAAUGCACUCCAUAGAUGUACGGUGGAGAGUAUUCUGACAGGCUGCAUCACUGUCUGGUAUUGGGGGUGUGUGACUACUGCACAGGAUGGAAAGAAGCUGCAGAGGGUUGUAAAUCUAGUCAGCUCCCUCUUGGACAGUAGCCUACAAAGUACCCAGGACAUCUUCAAGGAGCGGUGUCUCAGAAAGGCAGCGUCCAUUAUUAAGGACUCCAGCAUCCAGGGCAUGCCCUUUUCUCACUGUUACCAUCAGGUAGGAGGUGCAGAAGCCUGAAGGCACACUCUCAGUGGUUCAGGAUCAGCUUCUUCCCCUCUGCUAUCCGAUUCCUUAGUGGACAUUGAACCUUUGGACACUACCUCACUCUUUUAAUAUUUUAGUAUUUUUUGAACGAUUUUUAUCUAUUCAAUAUAUGCAUACUGUAAGUGAUUUAUUUAUUAAUUAUUACUGUUUUUUUUCUUCUGUAUUGUGUUGAAUUGCUGCUGCUAAGUUAACAAAUUCACGGCACACACCAGUGAUGAUACACCUGAUUCUCAUUCUGAGUUCAUCACUGUCCAUGUGGGGAGGGGGUCAGAGUGAUGAGGAAGUCUCCAGGAUCAGCCAUGUAAUACCAUGUGCUCUUUGUAGUGCUUUGGGACAUGACCAGAACGGGAAGUAAUACAAACGGAGAGACAAACUGAGCCACGUCACAGAUUGAAGUCAAACAGGAAAGACCCGUUCUGAUACCGUCAGAAAAACAAUUGGUGAACUGGAUGAACAGUCUGGGUGCCUGAUCCAUGCUCAGUUAGAAGAACAGGAGUUGUUCCUCCAACUUGGAUUGAACCUCUCUGUAACAAUGUGGUGUCAUUCCUCACCAUAGAGAUUAAAUUUAUUUCAUCUGAAAUGCUGUGCUUCACCCAUUGAUGACUUUUGUAGAUCUUUUUACAGGUGAGAUAGAUACAACAAAGAAUUUGUGUGCGGGGAUCUCAAAAAAAAACCAGCACGAGAUGAAGACGUCUCUGAGCGCGAUCCACUGGAACCGCAGUGCUGAGAACCCACCAGCAUUUAUUGAUCUGUUCCGUCUGCAGGAAGUGAUUCAUCCAAGCUGAUGAUACAUCAGGAAACCAACAGCAGUGAGAGGUCGAUCACUUGCUCUUUGUGUAGGAUGGGAUUCACUCACUCAGACAAUCUGCAGAGACACCAGUGGGCUUACAAGGGACAGAGACUGUUCACUUGUUCUGUGUGUGGGAAGAGAUUCACUGGGUAACCUGAUCUGCGGACACGUAAGCGAGUUCUCACAGCGGAGAGUCUGUUCACCUGCUCAGAUUGUGGGAAGGGAUUCAUCCCAACGACAGAGACACCAGCGAAUACACACAAGAGAGGGGCAAUACACAAAAUCAGACUGUGGAAUCACUCAGUCAUUCCAGCUAUAGGCAAAGCUGCCGGUUCAUACCGGGAAGAUGAUGUUCUCCUGCUCAGUGUGUGGCAGAAGAUUCACUCGAUCAUCUGACCUGUUGGCUCACCAGUUAGUUCACACAGGGGUGAGGCCGUUCACUUGCUCGGACUGUGGAAAGGGGUUCAGUCGAACGUCAGACCUGAAACAACACCUGCGAGUUCACACAGGGGAGAGGCCGUUCACCUGUUCAGACUGUGGGAAGGGGUUCAGUCAGUUAUCUAAUUUACAAGCGCACCAGCGCAUUCACAGCGGUGAGAGGCCAUUCACCUGCUCGGACUGUGGGAAGGGGUUCAGUCAGUUAUCUCAUUUACAAGCGCACCGGCGCGUUCACAGCGGGGAGAGGCCAUUCACCUGCUCGGACUGUGGGAAGGGGUUCAGUCAAUUAUCUAAUUUACAAGUGCACCAGCGCGUUCACACUGGGGAGAGGCCGUUCACCUGCUUGGACUGUGGGAAGGGGUUCAGCCAGUUAUCUAAUUUACUGGCGCAUCAGCGCGUUCGCAGUGGGGAAAGGCCCUUCACCUGCUCGGACUGCGGUAAGGGGUUCAGUCGAACGUCAGACCUGAAACAACACCUGCGAGUUCACACAGGGGAGAGGCCGUUCACCUGCUCGGAAUGUGGGAAGAGGUUCAGUCAGUUAUCUAAUUUGCAGGCGCACCGGCGUGUUCACACCGGGGAGAGGCCAUUCAUCUGUUCAGAUUGUGGGAAGGGGUUCAGUCAGUUAUCCAAUUUACUGGCACACCAGCGCGUUCACACCGGGGAGAGACCUUUCACCUGUUCAGAUUGUGGGAAGGGGUUCAGUCAGUUAUCUAAUUUACUGGCGCACCAGCACGUUCACACUGGGAACAGGCCCUUCACCUGUUCGGACUGCGGAAAGGGGUUCAGUCGAACGUCAGACCUGAAACAACACCUGGGAGUUCACACGGGGGAGAGGCCGUUCACCUGUUCAGACUGUGGGAAAGGUUUCAGUCAGUUAUCUAAUUUACAGGCGCACCAACGUGUUCACACCGGGGAGAGGCCGUUCACCUGUUCAGACUGUGGGAAGGGGUUCAGUCAGUUAUCUAAUUUACAGGCACACCAGCUCAUUCACACAGGGGAGAGGCCGUUCACCUGCUCGGAAUGUGGGAAGGGUUUCAGUCAGUUAUCUAAUUUACAGACGCACCAGCGUAUUCACACCGGGGAGAAGCCGUUCACCUGUUCAGACUGUGGGAAGGGGUUCAGUCAGUUAUCUAAUUUACAGACGCACCAGCGUGUUCACACUGGGGAGAAGCCGUUCACCUGUUCAGAUUGUGGGAAGGGAUUCAGUCAGUUAUCUAAUUUACUGGCGCACCAGUACAUUCACACUGGGGAGAGGCCAUUCACCUGCUCGGACUGUGGAAAGGGGUUCAGUCAGUUAUCUAAUUUACAAAUGCACCAGCGCAUUCACACUGGGGACAGACCGUUUACCUGCUUGGACUGUGCAAAGAGCUUCAGUCACUCUUCCCACCUAAAGCAACACCAGCGAAUUCACAGUGGGGAGAGGCCCUUCACCUGCUCAGACUGCGGGAAAAGGUUCAGUCGAUCAUCAGACCUGAAACAACACCUGCAUGUACACACGGGGGAGAGGCCGUUCACCUGUUCAGACUGUGGUAAGGGGUUUAGUCAGUUACCUAAUUUGCAGGCACACCAGCGCGUUCACACCGGGGAGAGGCCAUUCACUUGCUCAGUCUGUGGGAAGGGCUUCAGUCAGUUAUCUAAUUUACAGGCACACCAGCGCGUUCACACCGGGGAGAGGCCAUUCACAUGUUCGGAAUGUGGGAAGGGGUUCAGUCAGUUAUCUAAUUUACAGGCACACCAGCGAGUUCACACCGGGGAGAGGCCGUUUACGUGUUCAGACUGUGGGAAGGGGUUUAGUCAGUUAUCUAAUCUGCAGGCGCACCAGCUCAUUCACACUGGAGAGAGGCCCUUUACCUGCUCAGACUGCAGGAAAGGGUUCAGUCGAUCGUCAGACCUGAAGCAACACCAGCGACUUCACACCCGGGUGAGGCCAUUCACCUGUUUGGACUGCGGGAAAGGGUUCUGUCGAUCAUCAGACCUGAAGCAACACCAGCGAGUUCACACCGGAGAGAGGCCGUUCACCUGCUCAGACUGUGGGAAGGGGUUCAGUCAGUUAUCUAAUUUACUGGCGCACCAGCGUGUUCACACCGGGGAGAGGCCGUUCACCUGCUCAGACUGUGGGAAGGGAUUCACUCAAUUGUCUCACCUACAGGCACACCAGCGAGUUCACACCGGGGAGAGGCCGUUCACCUGCUCACAUUGUGGAAAGGGAUUCUCUCAGUUGUGCAACCUUCUGUCGCACUACCAAGUUCACACUGGGGAGCGGCCGUUCACCUGCUCUGAAUGUGGGAAGGGAUUCUGCCACUCAUCUUAUCUGAAGAUACACCAGCGAGUUCACACUGGAGAGAGGCCAUUCAUCUGCUUAGAGUGUGGGAAGGGCUUCACUCAGUCAUCUCAAUUGAAGGUACAUCAGCGAGUUCACACUGGGGAGAGGCCAUUCACCUGCUCGGACUGUGGGAAAGGAUUCAUUCAAUUAUCUCACCUACAGGCACACCAGCGAGUUCACACUGGGGAGAGGCCGUUCACCUGCUCGGACUGUGGGAAGGGAUUCACUCAAUUAUCUCACCUACAGGCACACCAGCGAGUUCACACUGGGGAGAGGCCAUUCACCUGCUCACAUUGUGGAAAGGGAUUCUCGCAAUCGUGCAACCUUCUGUCACACUACCAAGUUCACACUGGGGAGCGGCCGUUCACCUGCUCUGAAUGUGGGAAGGGCUUCACUCAGUCAUCCCAAUUGAAGGUACAUCAGCUAGUUCACACUGGGGAGAGGCAGUUGACCUGCUCACAUUGUGGGAAGGGAUUCACUCAGUUAUCUAACUUGUUGGCACACCAGCGAGCUCACUCUGGGGAGAUACCAUUCACCUGCUCAGAGUGUGGGAAGGGAUUCAAUCAUUCAGGCAGCUUCCAUAAACACGAUGGAGUUCACACUAGGGGAAUAGUUUAAUAAGCUGCCUGGUGGAUAUUGAACCAACACAGUUGCUGAAUCCAGGUCGAACUCUGCAAGUACUGCUGCUGUUCAUCAAACCCAAGUCUGCACCCUGAUCACUGAGGAUGGGAGGAGUUUCUGCUGAUGUUCACAUUUAAUGGGAUUGGAGUUUUUAUAAUAAAUAAAUCAGUUCUAU